CUGGUGGCACUGUUUCGGGGACAGGUCUUGGGUCCCCAACCCCCAGAGAGCUCAGCUAGGCCUCUGGCACUCCCACCCCCUCAAAGCCACGAGGCAGGAGUGUUCUCCUUAUGUGACUAGGCACAAGUUCCAAGUGGGGAGGGGACUGGCUCAGCAUCCGGAGCCAAAACAGGAAUAGAACUGGGAGCUGAGCCUGGAGCAGUUCUGGGCUUUUGGUUCUCCGCAUCAACGCAGCCAGCAUGCCUAUGAUUUCUGUGCUGGGCAAAAUGUUUCUGUGGCAGCGUGAAGGGCCUGGAGGACGAUGGACUUGUCAGCCAAGUCGCAGAGUGGCCUCGGACCCCGCGUGGGCUGUGGAGUGGAUCGAACUUCCGCGUGGCCUGUCCCUGUCCUCUUUGGGAUCUGCUCGGACCCUCCGAGGCUGGAGCCGGUCCUCCCGUCCUUCCUCCGUUGAUAGCCAGGACUUGCCAGAGGUGAAUGUUGGAGACACAGUCGCGAUGCUGCCCAAGUCCCGGAGAGCCCUAACCAUCCAGGAGAUUGCAGCGCUGGCCAGAUCUUCCCUGCAUGGUAUUUCCCAGGUGGUAAAGGACCACGUGACCAAGCCCACGGCCAUGGCCCAGGGCCGAGUGGCUCACCUCAUUGAGUGGAAGGGCUGGAGCAAGCCCAGUGACUCACCUGCUGCCCUGGAAUCAGCCUUUUCUUCCUAUUCGGACCUCAGUGAGGGUGAACAAGAGGCUCGCUUUGCCGCAGGAGUGGCCGAACAGUUUGCUAUUGCAGAAGCCAAGCUCCGAGCGUGGUCUUCCAUGGAUGGCGAUGACUCCACCGAUGACUCCUAUGAUGAGGACUUUGCUGGGGGAACUGAUGCAGACUUGGCCGGCCAGCUGCCUCUGGGCCCCCACCUCCAGGACCUCUUCACCGGCCGCCGAUUCUCCCGGCCCGUGCGCCAGGGCUCCGUGGAGCCUGAGAGCGACUGCUCACAGACCGUGUCCCCGGACACCCUGUGCUCUAGUCUGUGCAGCCUGGAGGACGGGUUGCUGGGCUCACCGGCCCGGCUGACCUCCCAGCUGCUGGGCGACGAGCUGCUCCUCGCCACACUGCCCCCCAGCCGGGAAUGUGCCUUCCGCAGCCUGGGUCCACUGGAGGCCCAGGACUCACUCUACAACUCGCCCCUCACAGAGCCCUGCCUUUCCCCUGCCGAGGAGGACUGCCAGUCGCUCUGCCCACGGCCAGCGGGCAGCUGGGAACGGCAGCGGCAAGCCUCUGACGGGGCCUCUUCUGGGGUGGUGUCCUUGGAAGAGGACGAGGCGGAGCCCGAGGAACAGUGACCCGCGUCUUGCCUGUGGGUGGCCUGCGCAUGCGUCCCCUGGCUGCUGCUGGGGGCGGAGCCGCCUGCCCAGGCGUGGCCUCAGGGCUCUCCGCAAGCUCCACAGCUCGAGGGCUCCUUGGAGCACUGACUUCUCCGUUGUGUGUUUUGCAUGAAAGUGUCUGGGCAGGGGGCAGAGCCCGGGCGGGGGGCGCAUGUCCUGCCCCCGCUCCUGGGGCCUGCCGGGCGCUGCCUGGAGCCCCUGGGCAUGGCCACAGCUGUGGCAGACAGUGACGUUCAUGUUCUCCGGUCCAAAACUCGCCACGUUUCCUCCUCAGAGGACGUGAGCCCCCUCAGGGGACCUUGUGACUGGGCUGGGGGUGAAGAGGGCGGGAGCCUGCCUGCCUCUUCCCCUCCGCACGCCUCUGCUUCUCUCCUCACCUCCGAAUCCCUGCACAGUGCUUGAUAGAAAACCUGCCCCUGGGGGGCUGGCUCCUGCCUGCCCGGAGCCCUCGGAUCGAGCCGUCCCCUAAGGGCCGCUGCCCAGCUGGGCUCGUGCUGGGCUUCACCUCUCCAUCGUCUCUAAAUCUUCUUUUUUCCUAAAGACACAGGGUUUCUGGUCUCUUCUUUCAGUUGGAUCUUCUCUAGGAGGCACUGGAAUGACGAAUGCGUUUCCCGAGCUCUCCCGGGAUGGGAUGUGUGGGCCGGGCCGGAGCAGAGGUCUCCAGGGCGGGGCCGCAGGGCGGGUGGCCGGCAGCUGCUCCAGAGCUGCGGCUUUGUUCUUCUACAGAGGGCCACAAGGGGGCCACCGGGGUGGAACGUUGUCAGCUGAUGCCUGUGCCAGGCCAGAAUUGUGCCAGUGAGUGACCGUCCUGAGGGUGCCUGUCCUCUCCGCAGGAGGGUAGCGCCUUUCUUGGCCGUGACUACAGUAGUGGUGAUGACGAAGCAGCGGAGGCCUCUGGCACCUUCUGCACUCCGAGGACGGACGUGGGCUCUAGACUCUAUGGUUGUGGGAGGGUGGGUGGCUGCGGAAUUGGGAGCCUUGUAGGCUGGGCCAGGUGAGAGGGCCCAAGGUAAGAACAAGAGCCAGUGGGCACAAGCAUUCUAUAUAUGAGUGGCUCAUUAGGUGUUUAUUUUGUUCUAUUUAAGAAUUUGUUUUAUUAAAUUAAUAUAAAAAUC